AUGCGUUCGUCUCGAUUCUUAUUUUUUACAUUAGUAAAUCAGAAACAUUCAAUUAAAAGUAACUGGAUAUUCAAAUGUCUAUCAAGUACAAGUCUAAGUGGUCCAGAGCCCGCAUAUCAAAAUGUGAUAUCUGGUUAUGAAACAUUUCACUAUGCUGAUUCAUUGAAAUUGAAAUAUAACAAUGCGACUCUAACAAAUUUUAAUGUUGCUUAUGAGACAUGGGGAAAAUUAAAUUCAAAGAAAAAUAAUGCUGUAAUAAUCUUUACUGGACUAAGUGCAAGUUCACAUGCUAAAAGUCAUGAGAAAAAUCAACGAACUGGAUGGUGGGAACGAUUUAUUGGUCCUGGUCUGGCGAUUGAUACAAAUCAUUUUUUUGUGAUAUGUUGUAAUCAUAUUGGAGGAUGUUAUGGUUCAACGGGUCCAUCUUCGAUCGAUCCUAAAACUAACACACAUUACGGUAGUACAUUUCCAAUGAUAUCCGUUGAAGAUUUUGUCAACGCACAAUUUCUACUUGUCAAACACUUAGGAAUCGAAAAGCUUCAUGCAAGUGUUGGAGCUUCUUUAGGUGGUAUGUGCUCAUUGUUAUCGGGACUUUUAUUCCCAAACACUGUUUCCAAAAUUGUCACAAUAUCCUCGUGUGCCUGUCCUUAUCCAACUGCCAUUGCCUUACGUUAUUUACAGCGUAAAAUGAUUAUGACUGAUCCUAAUUGGAAUAAUGGUGAUUACUAUGGACAACAAACAUUUCCCAAAGAUGGAAUGCAAAUAGCAAGAGAAAUAGCGACACUUACUUAUCGAUCGGGUCCCGAAUGGUUUCAACGUUUUGGUAAUAGACGAUUUAAUGAUUUGGUUAAAUUAGAGUCAACAUUUGAAAUUGAACGAUAUUUGCAUCAUCAAGGUGUAACAUUUGCACAAAAAUAUGAUCCAAACUCAUUAUUGUACAUAUCAAAGGCAAUGGAUUUGUUCAAUUUAUCAGAAGGAUAUCAAGAUCUGAGUAGUGCUUUAGCACAAAUUAAAUGUCCUGUGCUGGUAUUGGGUGCACAAACUGAUAUUCUUUUUCCAGUAUGGCAACAAAAGCAGCUAGCAGAAGGAUUGAUUCAGACUGGAAAUGAACAUGUUACAUUUUAUGAGUUGAACAGUAUUUAUGGUCACGAUACAUUCUUACUAGAUAUUAAUGGUGUUAGCACAGCGAUAAAAGGAUUUUUGGAAAUAAUGGCAUUAAGUAAUGAAUCGGAUACAAAAGUAAAUUAA